AUGUGACAAAAUCAAUACAACAGCUUAUUCACGGUUUGUCACGGAAAAUCCCUCAUUUUCACCCGCCGUGGUGACUCACAUGUUAUCGUGACUGGAUUUAGUAACGUUUGGUAAAUCAUCCUUGCAGAAGAAGGAAGAGACACUUCUACCAUUGAAACUGGAAAGAGACUUUUAUUGGAAUUGGAUUAGAGAUGAGUAAUUCUGCAACCGAGGGUAAUAAAAAAGUAGCUUCUGCAUCGAUUGAACAUGUCAAGGACAGGAAUGGAAUAGACCGAGUAAUUCUUCGACACCAUCGAGGACCUUCAGUUCUGGUUACUUUACAUGGAGGACAGGUUCUUUCUUGGAAAACAGAACGUGGCGAAGAGUUGUUGUUCCUAAGUAAGAAGGCUAUCUUUAAUCCUCCAACGCCGGUACGAGGGGGGAUUCCGAUAUGUUUUCCACAGUUUGGAAACCGAGGGACACUGGAACAACAUGGAUUUGCGAGGAAAAAGAUCUGGGUUUUUGAGCAAAGUCCUCCACCGCUUUCCGGUGAUUUCAAUGAAAAAGCUUAUAUUGAUAUGCUGCUCAAAUCAUCCGAAGAUGAUACGAAGACAUGGCCACAUAGCUUCGAAUUUCGCCUAAGAGUAUCCUUGGCACCAGACGGUUGUCUGACUCUGAUAUCUCGCAUCAGGAAUAUCGACGGCAAGCCUUUCAGUUUCUCCAUUGCUUAUCAUACAUAUUUGUCCAUCUCCGAUAUCAGUGAGGUGAGGGUAGAAGGGUUGGAAACUCUUCACUACUUGGACAAUCUAUUGGAGAAGGAACGUUUCACUCAACGAGAUGCUUUGACGUUUGAGUCUGAGGUGGAUCGUGUAUAUAUCGAUUCUAGCGACAUGGUAGCUGUUUUAGAUCAUGAAAAGAAGCGAACUUUUGUGAUACGAAAGGAAGGGCUUCCAGAUGUUGUGGUUUGGAAUCCCUGGGAUAAAAAAUCCAAGUCCAUUGUGGAUUUGGGGGAUGAAGAAUACAAGCACAUGCUAUGCGUUGAUGGUGCAUCAGUUGAAAAACCAAUCACCUUGAAGCCAGGUGAAGAAUGGACAGGCCGCUUGGAGCUCUCUGUUCUCCCAUCUAGUUGAUCUUUAGUUUGCAGACACAAAGCAAUUACUAACGGGGAAUAAAUCACUAAGCAUUGUUUUCAAGCGAUAGUUGUUUGUGCAACUCUUGUAACCUCAAAUCUAAGGCCGUGACUUUUUUUUUUCUUUUAGCAUAAGCUGCCCUUGAUUAUGAAAGGGGACAGGGAAAUGAAAAUUACUGAAGAAAAAGACAAAGUGGAUUGAUAUAUUUAGGAACUUGAAAAUGAAUUGUUUUAACUUGGUCAAGCGGAAAAUAAUUUCAUUCUCCAAUUUC